GAGCGCGGCGGAGCGCCAGCCCGGCCGCAGAGCUUGGCCUGGACGCUGCCGUCGUGCAACUGCCUGGCGCCCGGGGGGCCGGCGGAGCCCGCGAGUCCUGCAGGCGGCGAAACCGGAAUGGCUUAUUCAGAGGAACCAGGAGUUGUUCCCUGUGGUUUCAUCCGUCAGAAUUCUGGCAAUUCCAUUUCCUUGGACUUUGAGCCCAACACCGAGUACCAGUUUGCGGAGGAGUUGGAAGAACGGUACAAAUGUGCCUUCUGCCAUUCGGUGCUUCACAACCCCCAUCAGACCGGCUGCGGGCAUCGUUUCUGCCAGCACUGCAUCCUGUCCCUGAGAGAAGUGAAUGUCAUGCCAAUCUGUCCAGUAGACAAGGAGGUCAUCAGGCCUCAGGAGGUGUUUAAAGACAACUGUUGCAAAAGGGAGGUCCUCAAUCUGUAUGUGUACUGCAAAAACGCUCCUGGGUGUAAUGCCAAAAUCAUUCUGGGACGGUUCCAGGACCACCUUCAGCAGUGCCCCUUCCAAGCCGUGCCUUGCUCCAACGACAACUGCCGGGAAGCCAUGCUCCGGAAAGACCUGGAAGAGCACCUGAGCGCACGCUGCCAGUUUCGAGAGGAAAAAUGCCUUUACUGUAAAAAGGAAGUGGCCGUGAUCAACCUGCAGAAUCAUGAGGAAACCUCGUGUCCUGAGUGUCCAGUGUCUUGUCCCAACAAGUGUUUGCAGAUUAUCCCGAGGAAUGAGGUGAAUAAACACCUUGCUGUGUGUCCUGAGGCUGAAGAAGACUGUCCCUUUAAGCACUAUGGCUGUGCUGUCCAGGAGAAGCGGGGGAAGCUUCAGCAGCACCAGCAGGUGGCCCUGCGCGAGCACAUGCUGCUGGUUUUAGAGAAGAAUUUCCAACUAGAACAGCAGAUUUCGGACUUACAUAAGAGUCUAGCGCAGAAAGAAAGCAAGAUCCAGCAGCUGGCGGAGACCGUGAAGAGAUUCGAAAAGGACUUCAAGCAGUUCACCCAGCUGCUGGGCAGAAACGGAAGCUUCCUCUCAAACAUGCAGGUUCUCACCAAUCACAUUGACAAGUCCACUUGGCUAGAAGCACAAGUGUGUCAGUUACUCCAGAUGGUUAACCAGCAACAAAGCAAAUUUGACCUGAGACCUUUGGUGGAAGCAAUUGACACCGUGAAACAGAAGAUCACCCUGCUGGAAGCCAGGGAUCAAAGACUGGUCGUCUUAGAAGGGGAGACUAACAAGCACGACACCCACAUAAACAUCCACAAAGCACAGCUGAAUAAAAAUGAGGAGCGGUUUAAGAUGCUGGAGGGUGCCUGUUACAGUGGGAAGCUCAUCUGGAAGGUGACAGAUUACAGGGUGAAGAAGAAGGAGGCUGUGGAUGGACACGCAGUGUCCGUCUUCAGCCAGCCCUUCUACACCAGCCGCUGUGGCUACCGGCUCUGUGCUAGAGCAUACCUGAAUGGGGAUGGGUCUGGGAAGGGGACACACCUGUCCCUGUACUUUGUGGUGAUGCGAGGGGAGUUUGACUCCCUGCUACAGUGGCCGUUCAGACAGAGGGUGACCCUGAUGCUUUUGGACCAGAGUGGCAAGAAGAACCACAUCAUGGAGACCUUCAAAGCCGACCCCAGUAGCAGCAGCUUUAAGAGGCCGGAUGGAGAGAUGAACAUUGCCUCUGGCUGUCCCCGCUUUGUGGCGCACUCCACCCUGGAGAAUGCCAAGAACACCUACCUUAAAGAUGACACCCUGUUCUUGAAAGUGGCUGUGGAUUUAACCGACCUGGAGGAUCUCUAACUAUGGUGUGACAGGAAAGCUUCAUGGGUCCAGACAAUGCAGAGGACACAGGGCGACCGCAUCCGCCUCCUCUUAGACUCAGUGUGCAUUUGAAUCAGCCUUUUGCCUUUCGUGUCAGAAGUGCCGUCUUUCGUACCGGAUCCUGCCCCAGUUUGAAAGUUAAAAACUCUUAGACUAUUAUUAUUUAUAUUUUUAUAUUCUAUGAAGGAUUAUCUGUCUUGGAAAUAAAGCCUGUCUCUCAGCGGUGCUGAGGGCUGUCCCAGGUGCUGUUGGAA